CCCCCCCGUGUUAGGACCUUGGUCUCGUCCCAUCCACCCCCCCAUCUCGCGCUUCCCAUGGUGUCGUCCUAAGGCCCAUCGAUAACGCUAAGCUCGACCUCGAUCGACUUGCUCUGGCUCCUCUCGCCGUCCUGAGCCUCAGCGGAGUGCGGAGUCGCAUGUAAGAUGCUCUGACCUUUGACCCUGCUGUUCAGCCAUUUCUAAGUGCCCCACCAUGAACACGUCCCCAGGCACGGUGGGCAGCGACCCAGUCAUCUUGGCCACUGCUGGCUACGACCACACCGUGCGGUUCUGGCAGGCCCACAGUGGGAUAUGCACCCGUACAGUACAGCAUCAGGAUUCUCAGGUGAAUGCGCUCGAGAUCACUCCAGACCGCAGCAUGAUUGCAGCUGCAGGUUACCAGCACAUCCGCAUGUACGAUCUCAACUCCAACAAUCCCAAUCCAAUCAUCAGCUAUGAUGGCGUCAACAAGAACAUUGCGUCCGUGGGCUUCCACGAGGAUGGCCGCUGGAUGUACACGGGUGGGGAGGAUUGCACUGCCAGGAUCUGGGAUCUCAGGUCCCGGAACCUGCAGUGCCAGCGCAUCUUCCAGGUCAAUGCCCCCAUCAACUGUGUGUGCCUGCACCCCAACCAGGCAGAACUCAUCGUGGGGGACCAGAGCGGGGCCAUCCACAUCUGGGACUUGAAAACGGACCACAAUGAACAGCUGAUCCCCGAACCUGAGGUCUCCAUCAUGUCUACCCACAUUGACCCCGACGCCAGCUACAUGGCAGCUGUCAACAGCGCCGGAAGCUGUUUCGUCUGGAACCUCACAGGGGGCAUCGGUGAUGAGGUCACACAGCUGAUUCCCAAGACCAAGAUCCCAGCGCACACCCGCUACGCCCUGCAGUGCCGCUUCAGCCCUGACUCCACGCUCCUGGCCACGUGCUCGGCUGACCAGACAUGCAAAAUCUGGAGGACGUCUAACUUUGCCUUGGUGACGGAGCUGAGCAUCAAGAGCAGCAAUCCUGGGGAGUCAUCCCGUGGCUGGAUGUGGGGCUGCGCCUUCUCGGGGGACUCCCAGUACAUCGUCACUGCGUCCUCUGACAACUUGGCACGGCUCUGGUGUGUGGAGACCGGGGAGAUCAAGAGGGAGUAUGGCGGCCACCAGAAAGCUGUUGUUUGCUUGGCCUUCAAUGACAGUGUGCUGGGCUAGCCUGUGCCCCUCUCCACUGUGCCAGGUGGCUGCAUUGCUGGAGGCCAUGGA